GGAUUUUUUCGUCGGGUCGGAUACGGGUACCGGUGGAGGAAAGAAACACAAGACUGAAGAAUUUGAAAAGGAAAAAAAAAAUCCAAUAAUUUAGUGGAAAAGAAAGAAGGGAAAGCUCAGGUCGUGAGUUCGGCUCCUCCUUGACUGAGAAGACGAGAAAGAUGAACGGCGGCCCCUCCGGUUUCAACAAUGCACCAGUCACGAGAACUUUCGUUAUUGCUUGUGCCCUUUUUACCCUGUUCUUUGGGAUCCAAGGCGGCUUUACCAAGCUUGGAUUGUCGUAUCAGGAUAUUUUUGUGAAGCCACGUUUUUGGAAACUUAUUAUGUCAGUUUUUUCCUUUUCAUCUACACCGGAACUUCUGUUUGGACUUUAUCUUCUAUAUUACUUCAGGGUCUUUGAAAGACAGAUAGGUUCCAAUAAAUACUCGGUCUUCAUUUUGUUCUCUAUAAUCUUUUCAUUACUGUUUGAGGUCCUCGCCCUAAGGCUCCUAAGAGAUCCCACGCCAAACUUAGUCACAACUGGACCUUAUGGUGUUAUAUUUGCUUCAUUUGUACCAUUUUAUUUUGACAUUCCUGUAUCGACACGGUUUCGUGUCUUUGGCGUCCACUUCUCUGAUAAGUCCUUCAUAUAUCUAGCUGGUCUUCAGCUUCUUCUAUCAUCCUGGAAAAGAUCCCUCUUGCCAGGGAUGUGUGGCAUCUUUGCUGGAUCAUUAUAUCGUCUUAAUAUUUUUCGCAUUCGGAAAGCCAAGUUUCCAGAGUUCAUAACUUCAUUCUUCUCACGUCUUUCUUGGCCAUCUACGGGGAGUCCACGUGGAGCAACAACAAGGAAUAUUGCAGGAAGUGUACCAUCCCAUCCAGGUCGCCAAGUGGGCAGAACCUACCCAACUCCCAUAGUUCCUCCUAUGGAGCCACCGGAGGACUCUAUUGCCACAUUGGUUUCCAUGGGUUUUGACAGGAACGCAGCUAGACAGGCACUUGUGCAGGCCAGAAAUGAUAUAAAUGCAGCAACAAACAUCCUUAUCGAAUCGCAGUGAUGCUGAUUCAUGCAAGUUAAUGUGGUGAAAUGAAACUGGGAUUGGCUGAGUCAGAAAGUGAAACAUCCAUAAAUUCCUAGACAUGGUGACCAAACAGAUAAACCCAAUGAUAACCAGGCUGAUGAAUCUUUUCCAAAGCUAAUCAAGCUGUUCCCAUCAUCAUGUUGAAGCAUAUUUUUCUGUUUACUUCCGUCCAUGUUAAUUUUGAUUUGUUAUUCUUACAAGAAGUUUAGAAUUCAUACACUAGUAUGACGAAAACCUAGGAGCCCGAACCAUUGUUUACAUAGUGUUGGAAAACAUUUCCAUGGUAAUGCAAGUACAUAGUUGCCUUCAUCAUGAUGCAGCCUGGUCAGCAAUUGAUCUCUUCUGGACUUUUUUGACAAGGUUAAUUUACAUUAUAGUUUUUGAGAAUUGGCAAAAUUCACAAUUUGAUUUUGUAAUAGUAAAUACUCUAUUUGGUUUUUCAUUUUGUUAAUAACUUUUAGUAUAAAAUGGUCAUUCUGUUAAAUUUA